AUUUUUUUUUCAUAAUUCGAGAAAUUUUGAAUUUAUUAUUUAAACCCUCAUAAUCGAAUAAGUUCGACAGUUCGGUGUGAAUUUUGCUUUCGCCGAUGUACCUGCCGUGACCACGAACGCGAUAAGUUCAUCAGGUCAUCAUCGUGAUUAUUGGCUCGCAAUUUAAUCGCGUUUUCGUCUCCAACUGUUAUGGGACUAUUGAGCGAAGGCAAACCACUAUCUUGGGAAGAAACCAAAGCACUAGCCGAACACGUAAGAAAACAUGGCAUCGUUCAGUUCAUCAAUCUGUACCAUCGUUUGAAAGAUAAACAAGGAGAUAUCUUGAAAUUCGGCGACGAAGUGGAAUACGUGAUCGUUAAAUUUGACCAUGAAAACAAGGUAGCGAGGCUCAGUUUACGAGGAGCUGAGAUAUUGAAGAAGUUGAAUGAAAAAGAAGCCUUGAAUCCUGAUACCGUGAAGUCGUUAUGGAGACCGGAAUAUGCAGCUUAUAUGAUCGAAGGUACCCCUGGCAAACCAUACGGUGGUUUAACUGCUCAUUUCAACGUUGUCGAAGCCAACAUGAGGUACAGAAGGGAAGAAGUCGAAGAGUUUUUGGAGAAAGAUGAGAUCAUCAUGAGUGUAACUACAUUCCCAAGGUUAGGCUGUCCUAAUUUCACGUCACCUAUUUUCCAACCGAAUCCGAACGAGGGUGCAUCACAUUCCUUAUUUUUUCCUCAAGAAGCCAUAUUCUCGGAUCACCCCAGGUUUGCAACGUUGACCAGAAAUAUCCGAAUGCGAAGGGGUGAAAAAGUCGCCAUUAAUUUACCGAUUUUCAAGGAUAAAAACACUCCUUCGCCGUUUGUCGAAGACUUACAAGCUUUGGGAGAUAAUGGAGAAUCUGCGAAGGCAGCUUUACCAGAUCACGUGUAUUUGGAUGCGAUGGGAUUUGGAAUGGGAUGUUGCUGUUUACAAAUCACUUUUCAAGCGUGUUGUAUCGACGAAGCUCGCAAACUCUACGAUCAAUUGACCCCUCUGUGCCCGAUUCUGCUCGCAAUAACAGCAGCUUCUCCGGUAUUUCGUGGCUACUUGACAGAUACCGAUUGUCGAUGGUCGGUUAUAUCAGGCUCGGUGGAUUGUCGAACACGCGAAGAAAGAGGACUAGAGCCAUUGAAAAACAACAAAUUCGUAAUUCCUAAAUCUCGCUACGAUUCUAUCGACUCGUAUUUAUCUUGCGAAUCCGACAAAUUCAACGAUAUACCUUUAAUCUACGAUCAAGCCAUAUACAAUCAAUUGAGAGAGAACAACAUCGACCACUUACUCGCUCAGCACGUAGCUCAUCUUUUCAUACGCGAUACGGUUUCGUUAUUCGGUGAAAAAGUUAACCAAAACGAUGAAGUGGAUACCGAUCAUUUCGAGAAUAUUCAAUCGACCAAUUGGCAGACUAUGAGGUUCAAGCCGCCUCCUCCCAACUCCAAUAUUGGUUGGAGAGUCGAAUUCAGACCGUGUGAAAAUCAGUCGACCGAUUUCGAAAACGCAGCUGUUGUCUGCUUUAUCGUCAUGUUAACCAGAGUUUUGUUAUCGUAUAAUAUCGAUUUGAUUAUACCAAUUAGUAAAGUCGACGAAAAUUUAAAAAACGCUCAAAAACGAAACGCAAUCAACACGGAGAAAUUUUGGUUCAGAAAAUACAUCAAUUUAUCGAGCAAAACAUGUCCAAAUUUAUUAAGCGAUCCUGCCUUUAAAAAUAUGAAUUUUACUCCCGAAGAUUCCGAGCCUGUAUACACACAAAUGACAAUAAACGAAAUCAUCAAUGGAAAAGAAGGUGAAUUCCCAGGUUUGAUACCGCUUCUGAACACUUACCUUUUUAGCAUGGAAAUAGACGCAGAUACGCAUUGCACAAUUCAACAGUACUUGAGCUUAAUCAAAGGACGAGCUUCAGGUGAAAUUCUUACGACCGCUGGUUGGAUAAGGAAAUACGUCAGGGAACACCCCAGUUACAAAUUCGAUUCGGUCAUCAGCGAUGAAAUCAAUUACGAUUUAUUGAGAACUUUACACGAUAUUCAAACCGGCCAAAUCACUUGUCCAGAGUUACUCGGACAAACCUUAGGGGUUAACUCGAAGACUCAAGAUAAUAUACCUACCUCGGUGGUAAAAGCGUACUGUCCCGAUGGAUGUAAACCAUAAAGAAAACCCAAGUGUUUGAGUUGAUUACGAACACGUUAAUGUUAUAGUUAACUUUUAUUUUAUUUAUUUUUUUAUCGUGAAACAAUUCUAUAUAAAUUAUUAUUUUGUUACAGGUUUUAAUAAUUUUUUAAAAAUGUAUUUUACGUUGUUAUAUAUUUUACCUUCACAAAGGUUCUUCACCGUUGUACUUCGUAUUAUUUCAUCGUUUUAAAUGUUACGUUUAUAAUGGAAUAAUAUAUUUAGAGCACUCUCGUUAA